AUGCUGCAACACAGUGAUCACACGGAGGCCGCACAUUUGCUGACGGAGGAUGGGCACGAGUCGCGUCCAGCAGGUGUGAAUUUCAGACCCUUCCUGCUGUCACUUGUCUUGGCGUUCUUGGCCCUCGCCGGCUUCCUCACCUUUGGAAAAGCGCCCGAACGUUCCAGCUUGCGUGCCAGCAUGGUCCUGGCCGCAGACUGGACCCAGCACGAGGGCAUGAAUUGCUUCCAGGGCCAUGGUGGCAUUCAGUUGGCCGAUGGCUACGAGCUGCCAGGCUUUCUCCUGGACGACUGCAAGGCACAGUGCGAGAAGGUCUCCGGUUGCGCCGGAGUGGUGGUGGGCCAAGGAUCCUGCUGGCGCCUGUCUUCCUUGACCCCUUCGGAGUGUUUGUCCAACCAGCCGUUCGACACUUGGGAGCGUGCGUCGAGUGGCGCCAGCUCCGAGGUGCCUGCACCCGCACCCGCUGCACCUGAAGUACCAUUGCCGGAUCCCGCAGCACCUGCCGAACCAACCCCAGCGGAGCCGGCAGAGCCCAGCGAAGCUCCUGCCCCAGCACCAGCAGCACCAGCACCAGCACCAGCAGCACCAGCACCCACCCCAGCUGCUCCUGCUCCACCAACAGCUCCAGUGCCAGUGGAGGUGCAGGAUUUGGGAUCCGACGAUGAUCCGAAUUGGGGCUGCGGCCUCUUGGGGAAGCUGCCCGGUAUCAACCAGGACCCGGCCGCAGUCUUCGCAGCUGCGGUGGGAGUUUGGGGGACACGUGUUGGCGAUAGCGGCUCUGAGGAAGAAGAGGACGACGAUGGCACGGGCGGCACGGUCUCCUUCGCGGAGCUGGAGACCGCAGGCUAUCGCCCGGUGGAGCUGCUGGAGACCGACAGGUACCUGCGUGACGUGGCAGGGCAGGAGGAGCGCCGUCCUCCGACCGGAGGCAGGGAGGAGGCGGCUGCAGAGCCAGAGACGGCCCAUGAAGAAGAGCCUGUGGAGGUGGAGAUGGAGCCAGAGCUGGGGCCUUGA